UAUUCAUCCGCAGUUAACACAGUAACCAAAUAUUUACUGCAAAACCCCUAAUUGUUUGGAACCCUAGUUUGAACUUUCCACUUUUAAUCUGCCUGCCAUUGGAAUCUUCCAUAUUACACUCCUUUUCCUAGUUGACAUCUACCAAUUUUUCUUAUGUUGUUCAAUCCCAAUCCAUAUAUGUGACUCCUUGUAUGGCGAUAACCCUUCCCACCAUAACACAAAUUUUGAACCCUAGCUCGCUUCCCAUCUUCCAUGGCAACCGACGCCUCCCCGAAAUUCAAAAAAGCGGAGCUGAUUCCGGUGCCGCAGCAACCUGAAUACCAUCCGGAUAUUGCCGCGGCGGAGCACGACGGACUUCACUUCUGGCAAUUCAUGGUCGCCGGCUCAAUCGCGGGCAUGGUGGAGCACAUGGCAAUGUUUCCCGUUGACACUAUCAAAACCCAAAUGCAGGCCCUAGGUUCAUGUCCCAUUAAAUCCGCCAGCGUCAAGCAAGCCCUUGGGUCUAUUCUGAGAUCCGAUGGCCCCAAAGGUCUGUAUCGUGGAAUCGGCGCUAUGGGACUUGGUGCUGGCCCUGCACAUGCGGUUUAUUUCUCCGUCUAUGAGUUCUGUAAGAAGAGUUUCUCUGGGGGGAAUCCUGAUAACCAUGCGGCCCAUGCUGUUUCUGGAGUUUGCGCCACGGUUGCCAGUGAUGCGGUGCUUACCCCGAUGGAUAUGGUGAAGCAGCGACUGCAAUUGGGUAGUAGCCCGUAUAAAGGGGUGUUCGACUGCGUGAGGAGAGUGCUGAGUGAGGAGGGGUUUCAAGCCUUUUAUGCGUCAUACCGGACCACCGUGCUGAUGAAUGCACCUUUCACCGCAGUGCAUUUUGCGACCUAUGAGGCAGCGAAAAGAGGUUUGAUGGAGGUUUCACCAGAGAGUGUGAGCGAUGAGAGGUUGGUGGUUCAUGCCACGGCUGGUGCAGCAGCUGGCGCACUGGCUGCUGCCUUGACCACUCCUCUUGAUGUGGUGAAGACUCAACUGCAGUGCCAGGGUGUUUGUGGAUGUGAUAGAUUUGUCAGUGGUUCAAUUCGGGAUGUUGUUCGAACAAUCAUAAGGAAAGAUGGAUACAGAGGUCUUAUGAGAGGAUGGAUGCCUAGAAUGCUCUUCCACGCUCCUGCCGCUGCGAUUUGCUGGUCUACGUAUGAAGCUGCCAAAAGCUUCUUCCAAGAAUUAAAUGAUAGCAACAGCAGUGGCAAAGUGACCUGAGAAAGAAAGCAGAUAGGAUAUACUUUUUUCUCUGUUUGUUGUAUUUGCAGAAUCCCUGUAUGAUUCAGGCGCGCAGAUGGGUGAGAUAUUCAGGUAGGCACCUUUCGCUACAUUAUUUUGGUUUAUAGUGAUAGGAGGCAGGCAACCUUGUAUUCAGGAGCAUUUUAUUUAUAUGUAAACUAAAAGUGUGAUCCCUUUGCAAUAAUCUGAUCACAUUAGGAUCCUUUUCGCCAAUCAUUUUGCGGAUAACAUUACAUGAAAGCCAAAUUUAUACAGUUUUGUAUUAAAAAUCAAGACUUUGUUGGGCUGGAAAAUCUAUGCAGCUCUGUUACACCUGAAAAUUUUGAUUAUGGGAUGGUAACACGAAGCAUUGUUA